CUUUUCAUUGCAGAGAAAACAAAAGACGUUUAACUUCGUCUCCGCUCAAAACUAUAAUUUCUAUAAACCGGUGACGACAUCGGAGAGAAAAAUACACACACAUUUUCGUGUGUAUAUAUAUAUAGAGCUCGUGAUUGAUCAGUUGUUGUAUCAAUGGCGUGCUCGAGUUUGGUAAAGUUGAACGCAUCGUCUUCACAGUGGAUUGGUCAACAAUCCUUUAGUCAACGGCCUGGAUCGUCCCCUAGGUUGGCCUCUCACCGCCUUUCCGUCGUCCGCGCCGGAUCUUACACCGACGAGCUCGUCCGAACCGCCAAAUCUAUUGCAUCUCCUGGUCGUGGUAUCCUUGCAAUUGAUGAAUCAAAUGCUACGUGUGGGAAGAGGUUAGCGUCUAUUGGCCUGGACAAUACAGAAGUCAACCGGCAAGCGUAUAGACAACUUUUGUUGACUACUCCUGGCCUUGGUGAAUAUAUUUCUGGUGCCAUUCUCUUCGAGGAGACUCUUUAUCAGUCGACAACAAAUGGGAAGAAGUUUGUGGAUUGCUUGAAUGAAGAAAAUAUUGUACCGGGCAUCAAAGUUGACAAGGGUUUGGUUCCCCUACCAGGAUCCAACAAUGAAUCUUGGUGCCAAGGAUUAGAUGGAUUGGCUUCUAGAUCAGCUGAAUACUAUAAGCAAGGUGCUCGUUUUGCAAAGUGGCGCACAGUUGUCAGCAUUCCUUGUGGUCCUUCUGCUUUGGCUGUGAAAGAAGCUGCAUGGGGACUCGCACGUUAUGCUGCUAUCUCUCAGGACAAUGGUCUUGUGCCUAUUGUGGAACCUGAGAUUCUUCUCGACGGAGACCACCCAAUUGAGAGGACACUUGAGGUGGCAGAGAGUGUGUGGGCAGAAGUCUUCUACUACUUGGCAGAGAACAAUGUUAAGUUUGAAGGGAUACUACUUAAGCCCAGCAUGGUAACACCAGGGGCUGAACAUAAGGUGAAAGCUUCUCCAGAGACUGUUGCCAAAUAUACACUCACCAUGCUGAAGAGGAGAGUACCUCCUGCAGUUCCAGGAAUCAUGUUCUUGUCUGGGGGACAAUCUGAAAUGGAAGCAACUCUAAAUCUGAAUGCAAUGAACCAGAGCCCCAACCCAUGGCAUGUUUCCUUCUCCUAUGCACGUGCCCUACAGAACUCUGUGCUUAAGACAUGGCAAGGACAUCCCGAGAAUGUAGAAGCUGCACAAAAGGCGCUUUUGAUGCGUGCAAAGGCAAAUUCCAUGGCUCAGCUUGGAAGGUACUCUGCUGAAGAAGAGAGCGAGGAAGCUAAGAAAGGAAUGUUCGUUAAGGGCUACACCUACUAAUCCCGAGUUUAAUGCAAAUUCCAUUUCUUGUACCGUUCUAUAUGUGUACUUUCUACGUAUGCAAUUUUUCCUUAUUUUUAGAAGUGGGUGCUGAAGAGACUUACUAGUUAGGCUUACAUUUUUCCUUCAUGCUCUUCGGCUCUCUCAAUAGGUGAGUGCUUCUGAAUAAUUCCUUUCUGAGAAGAGAAAUUCUCGAACUUAAACCCACGAAAAAAGACGGGGUUUGUGAAAGAGAGGGUGCAUGUACCAUCUUUAAUUUAUGUUCAUUAAAAGACCUGGAUCUUGAGACUGUUACCAGAGUUCAUUUUGGUACUGUGAACUGUGGAAAAGGCUUGAAAUGUUCUUAAUGAUUUUAUUUGUAAUUUAAUCUUCUUAUUAUUUUCUUUCA